UGAUUGUGUUAUUUUUUUACAGCGUAAUCAUACAGUAUUUAGUAGUACUGCAGAGGUUAAAGGUUAAAAUUAUGUACAAAACAAGUACUGAUUGGUCGUUUAGGGUUCAGCGUAGUAAUUUUUGCUAGUGUAGCGGGAGUUUAAUGGAUCAGCUGACUGUACGAUUGAUAGUGAAAGGGGCAGGACUGUUUUCUGUAGGGAGCCCUGUUGUUCCAUCCUGGGGCCUUAGACAAUAUUAGAGCUGUUGUGCAGCAUUUAGAAGUCUUACUAACCAGCACAGUACCGCCACGAGUGAGUGAGCCAGUGUGGUAAAGUGGAGACAUUCAUCUCUUGGAUGAAGGUCGAGAUCUCAUGUUUACGAGAUUGUACGUUUACCAGUUUACUGGAUUACACGUUUAAGGAGUUACUGGUUCACUAAUCUACGUUAUCAUUUAGAGACUGAUGAAAUGAUGUAAAGAAGUAUCUAAUUAAAUAAAGUAACUUUAAACUUGUAACAGUGUUAUGGUUACAAAUUGGCGCCCAACGUAAAAAAUCUCACAAUUGAAAAUUCUACCUGGUGGCGGUUACUUCUGGUAGGACAGGAUGGUACUUUAGAAACAUUGAAUGCUGCACAGUACAGUCAAUACGGUUUUACUUUUUACUGUGAAAAAUUUUUAAACAGAAUUUUAAAAGAACAUUGAGACAAUAAGUUGCUGGAGGGUAUACAAAGUUAACUAAUUUACAAGUAUAAUGGGUGCUGUGCUUGAAAAGCAAUAAAGACUAUAAGACAAUUUAGAAUGGGUGCUGUGAUAGAAUCACUAUAAAGUCAACAGUUUUUGUGAUAGAAACACUCCAGUAAGAUAAUAACUGUGAUCACAACACUGUACUGUGAUAGAAACACUUUAGUAGCUGUGAUAGAACAUAUUUAGAAGAAAACGAUAAAUAGUAUGCUGUAAUCUAUAGACAACUUGGUACAAUGAUAGCAGACUGUUUAAAUACGAAAAUACCAAAACCAAGAAGCAGAGUAGAUAAAACUGAGGAAAACAAUAGGAGAGAAUGUGAGCUCACUACAGAGUCUAGUGAUUCAGAGGAUGAAAUUGUCACACUGACAGUGAAACAUGGGGACGCCCAUAUCUCUGAAACAUAUGACAAAGAAACAAGUGUAAGAGAAUUAGGAUCUCAUAGUGAAGAUAAAGACACUGAACAUAAAGAUGUAACAGUGCGAGGAUUUGAUACAGAAGCAGAAAAUGCAGAAGUAGAAGUAGAAACAGAAGUUAUAGAUGUAUUAGAUGAAAGAACAGAGGUAGAAACUCACUAUGAUGAUCAUAGUAGUGAAGAAAACAAAAGAUCAGAGAAUGAAGUAGAAGAUACAGCAAUAAAAGAAAUGCAUAAAGAAGUACCAAACAAGAAUCAAGAAGUUGAAAUUACAGGCGCAGAAGCAAGUCGUACACACAAAGUAAAAAAAGACAAACCACCAAUCAAACCGAGAAAAUCUGACAGGAAAAACAUCAACAAAAUGCCAAGUUAUUUGCAAGACUAUGUCUGCAAAUCUACCAGUAUAGACAACAGGCCAUUGGAUUUAAAGCUUGAUGCUCUUACAAAGUUUCUGGAGUCAGGCCUACUUAAUACUGUAACUUCAGAUGUAGCACACAGAAUUGUAGAGGCAAUUAUAAAAUAAAUUUUAAAUAAUGUAUAUUUGUUUUUACCAUAGUUGUUCUUAUUAAUUCACUUCUAAUUUGAUAAUAUAAAAGUAACAGAUGUACACAUAUCCAGUUGGUACUAACAUUCUAUUGUGAGAUUAAAUUGUGAGGACCAAUUUUUUUAACCGGGGGAGAAAGGAAGGUAGAUGGUUUCCUGUAACUAUAAAAAUGGAAACUGUAGAUAUAGUUAUACUGCCUUAAGGUGGUUCUUUAACCUAUACAUUGAAAAACAUACUAAACUAUAUCACUUUUUAUUAUAUUUCCCGAGAACUUCAUGUACAGUUUAAAAUAUGUUUUAAUUGUCAUUUGUCAUUACAGGAACAAGACAGAACUUUGCUGCCCAGUUAGCUGUCCUAACCUUUAAUUUUGUAUAAAUUUUUCAAAAUGAUGAGACGUCAUUUUCCAGAGAGGGGGAGAAUGUAGCAGGGUUGAAUUUUAGUAGCUUCUAACCUAAAAUGUCAAUAAUAUGAUUUACAGGUUUUACGCUACACCGAAUUUGAUUGUGUUAUUUUUUACAGCGUAAUCAUACAGUAUUUAGUAGUACUGCAGAGGUUAAAGGUUAAAAUUAUGUACAAAACAAGUAGUGAUUGGUCGUUUAGAG